CCAUCGCCCCUCUGGUCACCAUGAUAGGUUUUCUCGUCCUGGCGGCGCUCGUUGCCUGCGCGAAAGCGCAGUGGGAGCCCAAUGUGGUGGAGGGCCGCAGUGUCAUGGUUCACCUGUUCGAGUGGAAGUGGACCGACAUUGCUAACGAGUGCGAGACUUUCCUGUCGCCGAAGAAUUACGGCGGUGUCCAGGUGUCACCACCCAGCGAGAACCUGGCCAUCACCGCAAGCAACCGACCAUGGUGGGAGAGGUACCAGCCGGCGUCGUACAAACUCGUCACCCGCUCCGGUAACGAGGAAGAGUUCAGGGACAUGGUGAAGCGCUGCAACGCCGCAGGAAUCCGUAUCUACGUUGACGCCGUGUUUAACCACAUGACGGGAACUUGGGACGGCGUCGGCACCACUGGCGGGAGCAGCGUGGACACGGCCAACUACGACUACCCCGCGGUGCCCUACACCAAGGAGCACUUCCACACCCCGUGCACCGUCAACAACUACCAGGACGCCAACAACGUCCGCAACUGCGAACUCACUGGACUGCACGACCUCGACCAGAGCCAGGAGUACGUGAGGGGCAAGAUUGUGGAUUACCUGAACACACUCAUCGACGCCGGUGUCGCAGGCUUCAGGAUUGACGCUGCCAAACACAUGUGGCCAUCUGAUCUGGAGAACAUCUAUGGAAGAUUGAACAACCUCAAUACCGAACACGGAUUUGCGGAGGGUCUGCGUCCCUUCAUCUACCAGGAAGUCAUCGAUCCAGGUACUGAGGCUGUUUCCAAGAACGAAUACCUGUCCAUUGGAAGAAUCACUGAGUUCUAUUUCGGGCAAGCGCUGUCAGCUGCCGUGAAGAGGAACAGCCCUCUCAAGGACCUCAGCAACUUCGGUGAACCUUGGGGUAUGGUUGCUGGAAUGAGUGCUCUGUCUUUUGUGGACAAUCAUGACAACCAGAGAGGUCACGGAGGCGCCGGUGAUAUUCUCACCUUCCAGAGCCCCAAGAUGUACAAGAUAGCGGUGGCCUUUAUGCUUGCCUACAACUACGGUCUGCCCCGAGUGAUGUCGAGCUACCAGUUCAGCUCAUCGGACGAGGGUCCCCCACAGGACAGCAACCAGAACAUCAUCUCGCCCACCUUCAACGAAGACGGCUCGUGCGCCAGCCCCUGGGUGUGUGAGCAUCGCUGGAGGCAGAUCUACAACAUGGCCGAGUUCAGGAACGUCGUUGGAGCAACUGGGGUGACCAACUGGUGGUCGGGCAGCGACUGGCAGAUCGCUUUCUGCAGAGGUACCAAGGGAUUCAUUGCCAUCAAUGACGAGGAGUCCUCCGACCUGAAAGCGACCAUCCAGACUUGCCUUCCUGCUGGAACCUACUGCGACGUUAUAUCUGGUGACGUGAAUGGAAUGAGCUGCACCGGAAAGAGUGUGACAGUCGGCGCAGACGGUACCGCCACCAUCGAGAUCCUGGCUUCCGAGGACGACGGUGUCCUGGCGAUCCAUGAAGGGUCACUGAUCGGCAGCAACAACGGCACCACUGUGGCCCCCACUGCGAGUACGAGCGGCAGCACCAGCGGCAGCACCAGCGGCACCACCGUGUCACCAACCACCAUCUGCUAAGAGAGGCACCACCCAGCACCACCGCGGCAGAAACACGUGCUUCCCUCCAGCGGAGAACUAUAUGACGGACUCAGCGGCUAAUGUAGUAAUUUAAUGCAAGUUUUCUAACAGCAACUUCUCGAGACGUGUUUCGGUGGUUCAGAAAAUUAUUUAGAACUAGACGUAUCUUACAUGACGUGUUUAUUUGUUAUAAAAUCUGAAGCAGCUAGUCAUAAAACUGAAUAAAUAUUAUAUUGUGCAUACCAUAA